AUGACCCCCUUCAUCCCCAUCAUCCUCUUCACUCUCAUCCUCAUCACCUCCAUCAUCAUCAUCACCCUCUUCACCCCAUCAUCCCCUUCAUCCUCACCACCUCCUUCAUCCCCACCACCCCUGCCACCUCCUUCAUCCUCAUCACCCCCAUCCUCCCUUUCACCCCAUUCAUCCCCCUCACCCCGUUCAUCGCCAUCAUCCUCAUCCUCCCCACCACCCCCAUCACCUCCACCACCUCCAUCCUCCCUUUCACCCCCAUCAACCCCUUCAUCCUCAUCACCUCCUUCAUCCCCACCACCUCCUUCAUCCUCAUCACCCCCAUCUUCCCUCUCACGCCAUUCAUCCCCAUCACCCUGUUCACCGCCAUCCUCAUCCUCCCCACCACCCCCAUCACCUCUGUCCUCCCUUUCACCCCAUCACAGCCAUUGUUCUGCAGGCUUUUUGAAUAAUAGGGAUUAA